GCCGCCGCCCCCCGGGAGGCCGCCGAGGGAGCGCCGUCGGGGCUCGCCGGACUCGCCCGCCCGGGCUCCGGCCGAGGACGAGCGGCGGGGAGCGGCGCCCGGCCCGGAGCCCUGACGGGGAGCCGGAGCCGCCGGCCGGCAGAGCCCCGCGCCCGGAGCGGGGCCGCCGCGGAGCGGGAGCCGAGAGCGGCUUGGGAGGAGCGGAGCGCGGCGGGGCCGAGGGAGAGGAGGUGGAGGAGGAGGAGGAGGAGGCAGAGCAGCAGCAGCAGCAGCAGCAGCAGCAGGAGGUGGCCGGCGGGGGCCGCGUGGCGCCGGGGCCGCGGGGGGCCAGCACCAUGUCCAAGCCGGUGGACCACGUCAAGAGACCCAUGAACGCCUUCAUGGUGUGGUCGCGGGCGCAGCGGCGGAAGAUGGCCCAGGAGAACCCCAAGAUGCACAACUCGGAGAUCAGCAAGCGCCUGGGCGCCGAGUGGAAGCUGCUCACCGAGUCGGAGAAGCGGCCCUUCAUCGACGAGGCCAAGCGGCUGCGGGCCAUGCACAUGAAGGAGCACCCCGACUACAAGUACCGGCCGCGCCGCAAGCCCAAGACGCUGCUCAAGAAGGACAAGUUCGCCUUCCCCGUGCCCUACGGGCUGGCCGGCGUGGCGGACCACGAGCACCCGCACGGGCUGAAGGCGGCCGGGCUGCACGGCGCCGGGGCCGGCGGGCUGGUGCCCGACUCGCUGCUCGCCAACCCCGAGAAGGCGGCGGCCGCCGCCGCCGCCGCCGCCGCCCGCGUCUUCUUCCCCCCGUCGGCCGCCGCCGCCGCCGCCGCGGCCGCCGCCGCCGCCGCCAGCAGCCCCUACUCCCUGCUGGACCUGGGCUCCAAAAUGGCCGAGAUCUCCUCGUCGUCCUCCUCGGGCUCGGCGCUGCCCUACGCCUCCUCGCUGGGCUACCCGGGCGCCGGCGGGGCGGGCGCCUUCCACGGGGCCGCCGCCGCCGCCGCCGCCGCCGCGGCCGCCGCCGGGGGGCACACGCACUCGCACCCGUCCCCCGGGAACCCGGGCUACAUGAUCCCCUGCAACUGCAGCGCCUGGCCCGGCCCGGGGCUGCAGCCGCCGCUCGCCUACAUCCUCCUGCCGGGCAUGGGCAAGCCCCAGCUGGACCCUUACCCCGCCGCCUACGCCGCGGCGCUAUGACCCGCGGCCGCCUGGGCGCGCGGGGGGACCGGGGGCGGGGACGGAGGGGACCGGGGGGACCGGGGCAGGGGGCCCGGGCAGCGCCGUCGGGGGUCCCGGGGUCGGCGGGGAGCGGCGGGGCCGCCGGCGACCUGUUGCGCGCCGCCCCGCGCGGAGCUUGUGUGUGUUGCAUGCGGUGUGUGCGGUUAGCCGAGCCGGGAAAGUAUCGGAAAAAAAAAAAAAAAAAAAGGAAAAAAAGGCACGAAAAAAUCCCCAGAAGAUUAAAAUAGGAGAGGGGAAGCGCCACGAAACCCCAGCCCCUUUCUUUCCCCGCGCCCCGGCGGUGCGGGCAGGCGGGGGCGGCCGGGGCGGCGGAGAGGGGUCGCGGUGGGGCGAGGAGCCCCCAGCCUGUCCCCGUCCUGUCCCCAUCCCCGUCCCCAUCCCGCCCGGGAACCCUGCCCUGCCCCGGGACGCCGCGGCUGCAGCGGGACCCGCAGCGUGCGGCCAGAGAGGUCCCGACCCGUCCCGUCCAGUCCCCGUGAUGAAGUCUCACCCUCAGACUGUAAAUUUGUGUAUAUCUCGGUGGAAACGUUUAGGUCUCCGAUGGAAAACUCUGUCACUUCCUUUGCCCACGGUCGAGUCAGUUUUAACCCGAAGAAGAAAAGGAGAAAAAAAAAAAAAAAAAAAGGAAAAAAAAGUAAUGGAAUGCCUUUCAAAGGGAAUAAAAAUAUUGCGGGACCGCUUAGGGAUCGCAAUAUUAUCUAAGGUUAAAUCAGACUUUUUUGUCUGAGUGCUAAUUAUCUAUUUAUUAUUUAGCUGAACUGAAACAGAGCUUUGCUUUGACAGAAGAGUAUUCUCAUUUAAAAGAAAAUCCGUCCCUCCCCUCCCCCCCGCCAACAUGAAGUGUUUUAAAUGUGUUUUGGAGUACCCCUACCUGUUUAGCUUAUUUUAGAGCGACGGCAAUUCAAUUGCAAACGACGAUUUAAAAGCAAGAUACAAAUUUUAGAGGAAAAAUCCUUCAUCAGUUUAGAGUUCUUUUUUGGUUUACUUUUGUAAUGUGUAUAUUUUGACUAAUGUUUGUGAAUGAAGCUGGCUAACAUGUAUUUAGUUUCAUUUUUGGCUUUAUGUAAUAUAAAGUAAAAAGAAGAAAAACAAAGAUUAAGUAUUGGUUUUAACAUUUACGUGUAAAUGGGUUUCUUGUGUGAUCUUCUAAUUUAAAGUUAGACGUCUAAACUAUAUCUGUAAAUUAGAUUCCGACUACCACUCUGUUCAUUUUUGAACAAAGAGUUUAAAUAAAGCCUGAAGCAGGGAAAA